UACAAAGUAAUAUAUAAACAGAGCAAAAAAAAAUGUCAAAUUCAUCGAGAUCUAGCUCGCUUUCUGAGUCUUCGAUCGAGACAAACGCAUCAAUUUCUUCAUCGGAAUUCAUGACGGCAAAUUCGGACGAAUCUAAUUCGGAAAUUUUGCCAUUUGCCGAUAAUAUUGAACCGCUUGCUUCGCCCGAUGAAAUUGCUGAGUACGAAGCUGCAGUCGCAGAAGAACGGCAGGUUGAGGACAUGCUGCAAGAUCGUUUUGAUGCCCGUGUUGAUGUUACUUCAUGGUGUGAAUGUGGCCAUUGUUCGUUGGAUCUUGUUGUCAACCCUCAAGAGUGCCGAUGCUGCAUGGAAUUAGAGCAAUGCCGUGGCAAAAUGAAUCAGUUCGAAGUCGAUGAAAGAAAAUGCAUUUUGGAUCACCCUGGCUUUAACGAAGUUUGCCUGAACGAAUUUGUUCUUCAAGCAGCUUCGUUAUGUUUAAAGACCAAAGGUCAUCGCAGUUAUGCGACCGUUUUUCGAGAUGGUCAAAAGACCAGAGAGGAGUUCUUUCGAGCAGUAUCGUACAGACAACUCGUGCGUCUUGUAUGGGACUUUACAGGCAGCUCCAGACAUUUGCCACUGCCUUGUUGUUGUUACAACAAAAUACGGACGACAUUUCCGAACAAUAAGUGUCUUCCUUACAAAGGAUUCGAAGAGGAUGAGGACAUAUAGCAA